AUGAAGUAUUUUAUUUAUUUAUUUUUAUUUAUUAUAUUAUUUAAUAAUGUAAAAUGUCAAUACAAAACAUUUUCUGAGGCAAAAUUUGAUUUACCAGAAAAUUUACCAUCUGAAGAUCCAAUAUUUCAAAAUCAAAGAGAUGAAACUAAUAUAUUUAUUCAGAAACCUGACAUUAAAAUAGUAAAUAAUAAUUUAGGUAAACCAAAUCAAUUAUUUAAUACAUUACCACAAUUAAAUCUUCCACAAAUAAAUCAACCAUUAGUAAAUGGACUAGGUUUUCAACCAAUAACACCAUCAUUAGAAUCUCAAAAACCAACUGGAGUAUUGUAUCUUCCAGAGAUGUUACAAUUACCAUCAAUAACUGAGGUAGAUGGUAUGCCACAAACACCACCAUUACCAUUUGAAAAUCUACCAAAAAUACAACAUGUACCAACAAUGGAAAGAAAAAUUCCAAAAGCUCAUAUACCAAAUAUAUUAUUUAAUAAAGAUAUAACUGAUAAUACAGUUAUUGCUCAUGCUAUACCUACAUUUAAAGAAUCACCUAUUGAAAAUCAUAGAAAUAGAUUUGAUGGUGUUCCUAGAAUUGUAAAACCAUCAAAAACUUAUAAAAAUCCUAGAAAUGAAAAAAGUAUUAUCCCUUCUACAAUAUUUCAUGAUACACCAUCAUCUUUAUUAGAAAAUGAAAAUAAUGAUAUAAAAAAUAAUGAAGGUGAAGGUUAUUUCCUUGAUACAUAUAAUACAACAGAUUGCCCAAGAGAUAGUAGAUAUGUUGCAGAUUUAUUUUACCAAAAGUUUCCAAAAAAUACUUUAGCUCCAGGAAAGGAUAUAGAAUUGGUUAAUCUUCUUGGUCCACGCCUUGAACAAUGUUAUUUAAAAAAAGAAAAAAAACAUUGGUAUAAAGUUGAAACAUUCCUUGGUAAAAUUGGUGUUAAUUUUAAUGAUGAAGAAUCAUGUAAAAUUGGUUUAAUACAGGAACAAAUUGCAUGUAUGAAUCUAAUAUCAUACUCUUGUCAAUUUGUACAACAUGACUAUCAGUUUAGAUUAAUUGCUGCACGUACAGUAUUAGGUGAGGCUAGGCAGGCUGAAGCUGGUGAAAAUAAAUGCCGCGAAGUAGUUAAAGCAAUCAAAAAUAUUUUAAUUAAAAGUGGUUAA